GGAUGGUAUGAUCUUACCAUAGUCUCCUGUGCUGAGCUCAUACAAGAUGGGUGAGAAAUACAGUACCUCCUUUGGCCUGCAGUUGUGUGUGGUGUUUGUGCUUCGCUUCUGUAACUUGUGUGUUUUCACAGGUGGAGGCUUGGGGCACGGAGGUGCCAUAUCUCGUCUUAACCUUGCACUUAGUUGUGUGGUUAUCGCAGUGGUCUGAAGGGCACGAAGAAUAGCUGGGUUCAGGGGGCCAUUUGGUACCUACCGAGUCGAUGCCCUGACCAUACAGUAGGGGCUUUGGCCUACAUAAAGACGUUCUUGGUACAAUCACAUCAGCAGCUGGGCCAGCCAUUCUAUGGCGAAACACAUACUUGCCAUUUACCAUGACCGUUACGUCUCUGUGACUCUAUGACGUAUACCUGGGCUGAGAGCUGUUUCUAUAGAUGCUGCGCGAGGAGGAAGUUAACGAGAGUGGUGUUCAGGAACAUGGAUAAUGCAGUCUGCCUUGCUGGCCGAAUCCAUCGCUCAUAUUGCCAAACAUUUGGAAUCUAGGCAAGCGCUAUGCCGCCGAACCGGAGGACACAGCUUGACAGGCUAGUACAACUCAUCAACAAAAGAUGCGAUUGUUCAAACCAUCCAUACAAGGCCAUGAAGCUCAGGGCCCGAUAGAAGAGGCAAGGAACAAUGUGGAAAUCUCCGAUGCGCCGACUGGUUACGAUAAUAUGCAGGACUUGAACAUUUCGCUGGGUUGUACUGCCGUGCCUAUUUCAUUCCCGCCUGACAGUAAUAUUAUGCAGGAGAUGGAGGAAUUACCAGCCCACGCUCCAAACGCCUGGGGCACACUAGCGGUGCAUGGAGACCUGGGCUUGGCUGCAGGGGAUGAAGAGCUGAUGGAUUUGCUAGACGAAUGGCUACAAGCCGAAAGUCCGGGAAGUGAAAUGACUGGCCCAGCAGAUGAUCAAGUGCCAGUGAGCUCAACAGCUUCCAACAUGACUUCUUCCGGCAGUGCUCAUGCUGAGUCUGCCACUGCGGAGAAACAACAGCAGGAGCAAGGUACCGUCUCAGACCAUCCGUUUCCCGGUAUUCCGGGGAAUGUGAAUGCACAUGGUUCCGAUUCCACCGGGCCACCAUCACUGCCAGGACCUGACCAUAUGCAAACUCCCCGCAAUCACCAGCAAGGGAUGAAUGGAGGUGUUACCGUCGUGACGUCAUCACUGCUUUCUACGUCACAACCAAUGAAGAAGCGGCCCUUUGCGUGUGGUUAUGAAGGCUGCAGUCGCCGCUUCCCACGCAAAGACGAGCUGAACCGCCACACACGUACGCAUACAGGCGAAAAGCGGUUUCAAUGCGAAAUUUGCAAUACAUGGUUUUCAAGGAAGGACCAUCUCACGACACACUUCCGCACACAUACCGGGGAGAAGCCUUAUCAUUGUCCGCAUUGCCCUAGGCAGUUUGCCCGGUCUGACCAAAGGCUUCGCCAUAAGAAAAAAGUUCACAAAUUGCUAGAGUCAAGCGAAGCAUUAGGAGUGCAGCACGGACACUCACCAGGUCUCGGUGGUACGCCUUUGGCUACAAACAUGGUGAGCUUGGCAUCACUGCCCGCACUGAGUACAGCCAGCCAGUUCUCUGCCACAGCAACUCCGCCGGCUAGUAGUGCAGCCUCCGCUAGACCUUUUAAUGGGACUGCUGUAUCGAUGGGCACCGCCGCCGCCGCCGCGACACAGCAUCAUAAUUAUUCCAUGGCUGUCUCAUCCACGGUAAACGUACGGCAGCCGCAGGAGGAACAUCAUUUGCAGCAGCAGCCACAAGGCCAGCAGCACCAGAACCGUCAGCAUCUGGCUCCAGAUGUGGUUCCAGAACCAGAGCACAGUGCUGGCAUGAUUGGUCAAGCGGACAUUCCUCGUGGAUAACUUCGGCUCAGUAUCCAAAACAUCGUCUAAUCGCAUAAGGACAACAUAUGCUGCGUUGUGCACUGGUCUGGACUGGCAUGCUAUUGCCAAUGUAGUGUAAAUUUAGUGUAUGUGUAUGUGAGAAAAGGGAGAGAGAGUGUGGGUGUAUGUGGGUGUAAUGGUGUGGGCAUGUGUGGAUUUGGCAUUUAAAAGUCCCCAGCUCUAUUAUCAUUCGCGCUGGAACUGCUGCUGCAUAGCCCCAAGUCUGAAGACUUGGCAACUUUACGCCCAAUCUCUCUCUUUCCCGUUGUAUCGUUCCCUCACACCGGUGAAAAAAUUGAAAAAACUAAUGUUGUGUGGAUGUGUGUGCGACCCACUCUGUUUUUCAUUGCCAAGUCACCUAGGAGUGAAACAUUUCUUCGUACUGAAUGUAAAGCUGAGUAAAUACAGGUGAUCUUCUCUGCUGCUAAUGUUGCUGCUAGCCUUUUUAGCGUGACUCUGUUUCCGCUGCUGUGCUAAUGUUGUUGAUAAAACUCAAUUAUUUUUGUUUGCUCCUGUUUUGGGCUUUGGAUGAUCCCUAUAUCAUGAUACAAUACGCGUUGUUGUCAUUCAUUCAAUUCUUCAUAUGAACUGUA